AUGUCCACUGAAUUACAUUUUUCAAUUAAAUCAUACUUUGAGAGUACGCCCGUCUUAGCAUGGUCGUAUUUGGAUUUUUUAAAGACUUUAAAAUCUUAUUGCGUCUCGGAAGAACGUUCGUUGGACGAUCUAAAAUUCCAUAUGGAGGAAGCGGUAUCUAUGCUUCCUAAUCGCUUUAUCUCUAAACCAUCAUGGGUGAAAUCUACGCGACCUCGGAGGGGUGCCGUCCUCUUUGUGGUAUGGAGUGCCGUUCCUCAGCGUUGUAUUUCACGAUCUUCUGCUGUUGCACGGCCUAGAGAGGGUGCCGUCCUUCUCGAGGUAUGGGGUGCCGUUCCUCGGUGUGACAGAUGUGGGAAGCGCCCACCUGAAGAAGAGAACUUUUGGGACGGUGUCAGACUAGAUAAAGAGUUGAUGAUAAGAGAGGAUGUUUUUGAUAAGAAAUCGCAGAUAGAAGCAUUGGAUGUGCUCUGCGUUUCUCGUAGUCGGAAAUCUAAUGAGUAUGUUAAUAAAAUUAAUUCACACAUACUGGAACAGACUGAGAUGGCAAGAGAGAAAGAAGCGGAUGCCAUAAUAGGACAAAAGCGAUCGUACGAGGAAGAGUCAUCUUUUACAAUACCGAGUAAGACCAGAGCCAUCAGUAUGGAUAUGGAGUCAACAUAUAAUGAUUCAACGUUCAAAACGAUUUCUCCACUAACCAUAAAUGAGAUAAAAACCGUCAUUCCGGUGAUUGAAGAAAAUGAGGUGCCUUCACCACCUGAACCCAAGAUUGUACCAGUUAAUCUUAUAAAUGCAUUUCUUGCAACUUCCAUCAAGCUCGACAAGAAAGCCGAAUCGAAUACAUCUUUAGCAGGGAUGAAUAAAAAGACAAAGAAUAUUAAAUACAUUGCUCGUGAUAUAGCGGAAGAAGCCCUCAAAACAUAUCAAACGCGCGUCUUAGCGGACGACAAGUUAAUAUACAAUGAUGUAGACGUGUUGGACUUUAUUCAUUCGAAAGAGAUUGAAAAAGGCCCUCUCUCUAUUGGCGUUAUCAACUUUUACAAUGUCGAAUGUACUAAAUUUAUAUCUCAUGACUUUAAACAAUUUGUUGUUAAUCAACUUCAAGAUCCCAAUGCCAAGGUUAUCAAUUUUACUAAAGGACGAAGCAUUGAUAAAUUUAUAGUUGAUUGUAAUGAGGAUGUUUUACUAUUCUUGGAUAAAUUCAACCAUGUAUCUGAUCUAGAGUCUUUAAGCAGAUGCCUAGAUGAGAAUUUAAUAAAUUAUUCUACAGCAUCGGAUGACCUUAUUUAUGCACAAAGCCUUUUUAUUCAUUUCUUCUCCUUGUAUAAAAACGAUGUCUUCCUCCAGCCUAUGUCCGAACGUGAAUUUAAUGCACAUAUGUGGACACCAUUGCUUAGAAACGCGUUUCUGGAGAAAACAGAUCUCAAAUUAAGCUAUGGUGAAUUAGCGUCAAAAUCUUAUGAUAAACUUAAAGAGAUCUUAAAUAUUGCUGGACGCAGUGCCCCGAAGCUCGAUGGUAAAGGCUUCUUGAAAUCUUUAGGUACCGAACUAUUAGCUCAAGAAGAUGGUGUCUUGAAUACUCACGGAAAGAAGAAUGGUGACCUUCGAAAGUUAGAAUAUUGUACAAAGGUUAUUCUAACAGUUCUAAUUUUUGCACUUCCUUCUGCCUCAAAAGACGAUAUUAAAAAUAUCGAAGUUUACAGCCUUCAAUCGAAUGGGUUCUGCCUUACCAUAUCUGUGUCAAAGUAUCUUUUCGAUAACACUAUAAUAACGAUGGAUCUACAAGAUAUUGAGAUCCCAACCGUAGAAGGGUUCUCAAAAAGUAAUAAAGGCUGUGAAAAUCGUCUUAUCCUGGAAAGCCGGGACCAGAAAAAAUACUGA